AUGAAUAACGCACCUCAGUUUUCUUUACGUUGGAAUAAUUAUGUUACGCAUGUAACUGAAGCAUUUAACGUGUUGCGAUUUGAAAAUGAUUUAGUUGAUGUCACCUUAUGUUGUGAUGGUGGUAAAAUUCGGGCUCACAAAAUGUUACUGUCCGCUUGCAGUAAUUAUUUUAAACAAAUAUUCAAAGAAAACCCAUGUCAACAUCCUGUGAUUAUAUUUAGAAACUUUAAAUAUGACGAUCUCAAUGCUAUUAUCAACUUUAUGUAUCACGGUGAAGUAAACAUUUUCCAGGAACAAUUGGAAUCUUUUUUGAUAACUGCAGAGUUUCUAGAGGUUAAGGGAUUGACUGAUAAUGUUGAAGAUGAUUCAUCUAAGAACCAGAUAAGAAUUAGUGAGAAUAAUUCAUUAGAUCUAAGUUCUAAGUCAAGUAGACCAAAUGCACUUCUUUUGCCCAUUCCCACUGAUGAGCCUAUGAAUCUAGCUACUAUACCUAUUACCAGAGAUAACAACAUUCCACAUGACAAUAUAUUAGUUGUUCAAGAACCAGAAUAUGAAGUGAUUGAACCUCAGCCUGAAACAUCUAAGAUUGAAACUACAAAGAUAAAAUUAUCAACAAACCCUAUUGAUGACAUGCAAAUAGAUACACAAAACGCCACAGCUGAAGAUUUAUCUGAUAAAAGUAAUACAGAAUCAGAUUUGGCUAAAUUUAGAUGCCAAUUGUGUCCAAAAGGUUUCAAACAUCCCACAUCUUUAACAUUACACAAGGACUCUCACGCAGGCAAAACUCAGUGUCCAGUAUGUCACCGGUCAUUUUCAAGAUCUUAUGAUAUGAGAAGCCAUUUACAAAGGAUUCAUCAGGGAAAACAAUUGACUAUUAAAGAGAUAAGAUACAAAAAUAACAGUGAUAAUGUAGCAUCUAAGCCAUUUACUCACAAUAUA